AUGCCAAUGUUUUAUCAACGCUUAUUAACAGUUUUACAAAUAAUAAUAAUAGGAGCAAAUCCUAUAUUGGGUAUUAUUGGCGGUAUUUGGAGUUUCAUGGCAGCUUUUUAUAUAUAUUUAUUUGGUCUUGGUUUAAUUUAUCCAUGGGGCAUUGUACAAAAAUCGAGACUAUUCAAAAAUAAAUAUAAGAAAAAACUCUUACCAUUUGCGGAUCUACAAUCUGAUGAACCUGAUAUUGAAGAUAAAUCUAACACCAAAGAAUAUGAGAUUUCCUCAAUAAAAAAACAACUUGAUAAUUUAAAAAAGAGAGUUCAAUUUUAUGAAAAUAUUAUCGAUAUCUCAUUAUUAAAUUCUAUUAAAGCAGAUGAUAUUGACAAUAGUAGCUCUCCCUGA